CAAAAAUAUUGCAACUUGGUACAUUUGACCACCAUAAUGAGAGGAAAAUGUCUAUUAUUUUUCAAGGUCUAGGUCAUCUUCGCUAGCCAAGGGUUUAUUAUCCGCUCUGCUUCUCAACAACCCUUGGCUGCGUUAGCACGAUUUUCGUAGCUUUGAGUGGCGUCCUCUAGUUGAUGUAGAAAACAAACUGUUUGGAUUAGCCUACAUAAUGUUCAUCAAAUGAAAAUGCGUUUUUCAACUACACUUUGUGUGUUGUUGAAAUGAAAAUGGCUGCACCCAGUGAGUUACACGAUGUUAUAUGCAAAUCAUUUAAAAUCAAUCAACUUUUUUCACAUGGCUCGUUGAUUUUUUUAACGCAACAUUUUCAAUAAAAGAAAAAAUAAUAUACGAGAUGACGAUUUGAUUAGACAACUUCUGGUUAAUCAGAGGAAGUCUGUUUUUAUCCAUUAUAUAGUGUGCUCCGUGGGUUAUUAGUUCCGAAAGGACAGUUCUAGUUUGAAGUAAAAGAAUUAGAGGCUUUUAAAGACUCGGAAAGCCUGUUUUUAAGAGAUUCAUUAAAUUACAUGUGGGGCAUUAAUUUCUAAAAUCUCUGAUUUGCAAAUAAAACAACCUUUUCUUAAUUCCUGGAUAAACACGCAAAAAAAAAAAAAAAAAAAAAAAAAAAAAAAAUCAUAAAUAGGCCUAAAUAUCAAAGGUGCCUUUCACCAAUAAAAGAUCGAUAACUCGUGAAUGAUUGAGAUCGUGUUGAGGGAAACAGGUUUUGAUACACUCCCCGAGUAGCCCCGUCACUCGCACAUGUGCAAUCGACAUACAAACAUUGAACAUGGCGCCCACGUAAAAGACGUUACGAAAAGCGAAUGGAUUCAAAGACUUUUAUCAGUGGAAAUGGAGGUUAAUCUUCGAAGGUCCUUGAUAACAAAUGACAAGAUGUGUGAAUGAAAGCCUACAUGUUCCAUGCAGGCCAAAAAACGGUACCUUUUCCUCGUUAUUCUCGCCAUUCUGUUACUCAUUGUGUAUCUCUUGUCUAGAAACGUAAGCAAAAAUGGCGAAGUCGAACUGUCUCUGGAAAAAAGAGAAUUUGCUACGUACAUGGAGUCGGAAGCUGUGGAUCUCUCCUCUCCAAAACGUAGAAGAGAAUCAACCAAUAUGGAAUCGAAAAGUGAGAAGUGUCGUAUGGACACAUGCUUUGAUUUCUCCCGGUGUCUUAGAGGGUUCAAAGUGUACGUGUACCCCGUUCAGGAGAGGGUCUCGGAAAGCUAUACCAAGAUUAUUAACACCAUACAGGAGUCAAAAUAUUAUACUACAAACCCGGACGAAGCCUGUGUUUUCAUAUUGUCUAUAGAUACCUUGGAUAGAGACCAGCUCAGUGUUAACUUUGCGAAAAAUAUCGGGCCAAAGAUUACCCAGUUGGGACCUUUGUGGAACAAUGGUAGAAAUCAUAUUAUUUUUAAUUUAUUUUCGGGAACUUGGCCCGAUUAUUCACAGGUGCUUGACUUUGACACUGGUGAGGCCAUCAUGGCCAGAGCUAGUAUAUCAGAAUCAUUAUUUAGGCCAAAUUUUGAUGUAUCGCUUCCAUUAGUUGGUAAUGCCCACCCCCAGAAGGGAGGAGAAAGGGGCUAUGUUUACACUUCGAUUAAUAACAUUCCACCACUAAGGCACUAUUUAUUAGGUUUUAAAGGCAAACGUUAUUUAACGGGAGUUGGAUCUGAAACUCGGAAUUCUUUGUAUCACUUGCAUAAUGGGGACGAUAUUGUGAUCCUAACAACUUGCAGGCAUGGAAAAUUUUGGCAGAAAAAAGCCAGAGAAUUGAAUGACACCAGAUGUGCUGAAGACAACAGAGAAUUUGAUAGGUACGACUAUAAAAAGCUACUGUACAAUGCCACCUUCUGUCUGGUGCCAAGGGGUCGUCGUCUUGGGUCAUUCAGGUUCCUAGAAGCCCUGCAGGCAGGUUGCAUCCCAGUCCUUUUAAGUAAUGGAUGGGAACUGCCCUUCUCAGGGGUGAUUGAUUGGAAGAAGGCAGCGGUUUGGGCAGAUGAAAGACUACUGUUUCAGGUCCCCUCCUUGGUCCACCGCCUGUCACAGCCCACCAUCUUUGCCAUGCGGCAGCAGACACAGUUCCUGUGGGAGGCGUACUUCUCCUCUAUGGACAAGAUCAUCAAUACUGUUCUUGAGAUUGUGAAAGACCGAGUGAAAAGCUACUUUUCUCGGAAUUCUGUUCAGUGGAACAAUUUCCCUGGUGCUUUAAGCCUUCUUCCUGAAUACUCUGAUGUGCUUCAUUCAUAUCCCUCAUUUUACAAGCAGUAUGGGUACAAGUCCAAAAACCAGUUUACGGCAGUUGUUUACGCCACUUCCCCGGUGCUCUUGUCAUCUGCACCACUGUUCCGGUUGAUCCGGACAGUGGCCAAAUCUACAUAUGUACAAAAGAUUUUGGUCAUCUGGAACUGUGACAGCCCACCUCCCCCAUCGUACCAGUGGCCAGCAGACCUGGGUAUUCUUAUACUAGUCAAAACUAAAGUCCAGAAGUCUGUCAGCUCUCGAUUUUAUCCGUAUGAGGAGAUUGAGACAGAUGCUGUGUUCAGUUUAGAUGAGGAUUCUCUCCUUACAACAGAUGAGAUAAAUUUUGCCUUUAAAGUGUGGAAAGAAUUUCCUGAGAGGAUUGUGGGAUAUCCUGCGAGGAACCAUUAUUGGGAUGAGGCUAAGAAUGCCUGGAGUUACACAUCGAAGUGGUUGAAUGAGUACUCCAUCAUUCUGACAAGUGGUGCUAUUUAUAAUAGAUAUUAUAAUUUCCUGUACACCAACACCUUGCGUCCUGCUGCCUUACAAGUGGUGGAACAACUACAGAAUUGUGAGGAUAUUCUAAUGAACUUCAUUGUCAGUGAUAUCACAAAGCUACCACCAAUCAAAGUCACUCACCGUAAGGUUGCCAAGGAAACAAUGCUGCCAAGCAAAGCUGUUACCAGCUGGUCCAACAGUCAAGUCCGCUUCAAACAACGACAAUCGUGUGUUGCAACGUUGGCCCAGAUAUUUGGGUACAUGCCUCUAGUACGCUCCAAGUCAAGAAUGGACCCCGUGUUAUGGAAAGAUCCAGUUUCCAACUUGAGGAAAAAGUACCACCAACUAGAAGUUAUAUGACAAUAAGUAUCGCCCUAGAAAUUCUAAUAAGUAUUGUAUCUUCUUUGUGUAAAAGAUUUAUGACAACAAUUUUUUAAUCAUUGUCAAAUUUGUGAAAUACGGUUUUUAAUUAUUUUCAAGUAAUUAUUUUAAAAUUGCAUAUGGUGAUGUAUGUAUAUGUUGUAUCUCGUUUGAUUGUGAUACCGAGUGUAUUUAUAAACAUACCUUUUAUGGUUUAAUUUAUGGCAGUAUGGAUAUUGAAUUCAUGAAUACCGUUGAAAAAAUAUUUGUACUAUUUUUAUUUGUCUUAGGUCUUUAGAAAAAUUUACUGGACAUGCAUUUAUUUAUUUGAUUGCAUUCAUAAACAGGAUGAGUAUGAAGAGAACUGCAAUUAGUGGUGUCAGAAUGCUAUAUUAUACAGAUCUGUCACUGUUGUUAAUGGUGUCAGAAUGCUAUAUUAUACAGAUCUGUCACUGUUGUUAAUGGUGUCAGAAUACUAUAUUAUACAGAUCUGUCACUGUUGUUAAUGGUGUCAGAAUGCUAUAUUAUACGGAUCUGUCACUGUUGUUAAUGGUGUCAGAAUGCUAUAUUAUACAGAUCUGUCACUGUUGUUAAUGGUGUCAGAAUGCUAUAUUAUACAGAUCUGUCACUGUUGUUAAUGGUGUCAGAAUGCUAUAUUAUACAGAUCUGUCACUGUUCCAUUUGUUAGUCUUUUUGUAUCAGUGGAAUCCUAUGGAUAAUCUGAUGUCAGCAAGAGAAGCGACAGUGAUUUAAGGUUCAAAUGAUGCUUUAAUUGCAGCAGAUGAAGUUUGAAUGUGCUUAAAUGGAUAUCACAGGAGAAAGUAUUUUCCUUUGGGUUGUAAUGUAUUGAGUUUUAUGAACAGUUUUUAUCAAACUGUAAAUGAUCUCAGAUAAAAUUUCUAUCGUCACGAUCAUCACCCCCAAUGAUAUGGUCAUUUUCUUAUUUUCCCAUUAUCCAAAUUUUAUAGUAGUUUUGAGCAUCUUCAUGGGGCCUUCACUCAUCUUUUAGACAAUAGCUAGAAUGCUUCAAUUGAAACGCAACAAAGAAAGAGAAAGGAUGUGUUGUGUUUGAAAUAUAUUGGUGUACUGAAUAUUUUUUGAUAUCAUUGUGUUUAUAUCAUAUGUGCAAUACAAGCAUAAUGCUGCAUAAUUCACUUCAAAUAUUAGCUUUAUGUAUUCCAUAGACUUCACAAAACAAAACUUGAAGGACAUGUUUUGCUUCUUUUUUUCUUUCUUUUUUUUCUUCUUUUGUUUCUGAAUGAUAGCACCUGACAGAAAUACAUCGACCACCACAAUAUUCUUUUCCAUAUUUAUUGUAAACUUAUGUUACGAAUAGAAUAGUUUUAUAUACAGACCACAAAUGAUUGAUGACAUAAUUUCUGUACCCUCAGUGUAAGAUGCUUCCAUUGGUAUCAAUGUGACUGUGAACUUCACAGCUGACCUAGUGUCUGUAUGGGGCAUUACUGUGUUAUUCUACAUACCUUGGACCCCCUAACACUGGGUACAUGUACUUUUUAUGCUUCCAUGUUAACACAGUAUUCCAGUAUAUUUGUUUGGGUUAAUGAUUUAGAUUUGCAUGAAACCCUUUUUUUUUUUCAGAUGUGCUAGACAAUUUUUGGCACCUUCACUACCUAGGUCAAAACAAAUUGGGUCAAAUAUAUAUAUAUAUAUAUAUAUAUAUAUCUUUUAUUUACAAAGAUAUUUGAUAUUAUACAGACCAAAAUGUAAAACAGAACAAAAAUGUGUGACAUUUAGCUUCUAUGGGUUGUGGGAUGAAGUUUGUACUGCAGUAGAAUAAGUAUAUCAGGGACCAUUUACAUGCAUUUGAUUGUACAAUUCUGCAGAAUGAAUAGGGUAUUAAUCAAACUGUAAUGAAUGCUAUCUCAUCUUUGUGAAAUCUAUGUUCAUUUUUCAACUCCCAAAAAUUGAAAUAUUGUAAAUGCAGGACAAUUUUCACCAAAUUUUGAUUUUGUGCUUGCCUAAAUAGGGCAAGUAUCUAACAAAUUUGAAUUCACUCAUGAUUCUAAAGUAGCCCAAAAUAAAAAUGGAUGUGAGUGAAUAUAGAACUGGACAAAACAUUUUCUAAAUGUGUCAAUGUCUGUAAUACGAGAUGAAAAUUUCCUUGUGUGCAUUAAUAAUUGAUAGCGUUGAAAUCAAUCCUUUUGACAGUGCUUAUUAUUGGUCAUUGAUAGGUUGUACAUUUUAACAAUAGUUAUGUGCCAAAUCUACGUAAUCUGCCUCUUAGUUUCCAGAGCCAUUUUGAUUUUGCUUGUUGUAUGUAGAACACAUCAGACACAGUCAAUACAAGAUACCUGCUAAAUAAAAAGAUGUAGCUUUGACUGCUGUAGUUUAGAGUGCUAAUAAUGUUGGAUGCCCAUUAAAAUGUUAUAGCGAUUCACCUUAGAGCUGUUUUCAUGUGAAUAUCUAUUUUACAUGUAUAAACUAUGAGUAAUUAGACAAGAUGGAAUUAUUUAUAUAUACAUUCUUUAUUUUGCCAAGGGAUUUUUAUGCUCCAUUAAUAGAAGAUUCAGGGGCAUAUGGUUUUUGGCCUGUCUGUCUGUUGCAAAAAACUUUAACCUUGGCCAUAUCUUUUACACCAUAACAGGUAGAUCGUUCAUAUUUGGUAUGUGUAUGUCAAGACAUUUCUAUUGACACCAAAAUCUUUGACCUGAUGACCUUAACCUACCUUGGACCUACUUUUAGAAAAUUCGAAUAUAAGCCAUGUCUUUCAAAUCGUAAGAGGUACUGUUUUUAUAUUAAGCAUUUUAGGAGAAGACAUUUUUAACAAUACCAGAUUUGUUGACAUUGACCUAGUUUUUGGAAAUUUAAAAAAAAAAAACUACCUCUUGCAGUUCCACUUUGUAGUAAUCAGGGGGCAUCAGUGUUUCACAAACACAUCUUUUUCCAUUCAUUUCUUUUGUCUCAAAGGAUCAUUAUUGUAGUCAAGAAGAGGUGUUGAAGAGAUUAUCUUAUUGAUAUAUUGAGCCGCAUACAGACUCGCAGUGUCGUUUUAUUUGAUUAGUGAAUAACAAGUGAAAUAUGAAAUAAAAUGAAAAUUCGGUUAGUGUUUUCGAUGUAAUUUCUAGAUUUUUUAUUUUUGAAAAGCAAAGUAGGAUGUAUUGUUUCGCCAUAUCAAUGAAUAUGUGGAUUUGUCCCAGCUUAGCAGUUUCAGUUACUUUCGUCUGGCAUUUUGUUUGUAUCUAAUUUCUAAACAGUCAAGGGUUUUUGAACACUUAGUUAGAGAUUAAUCUUUGAAAUGACGAACAUCAGGCUUUAUAUAUUCCAGGGCUAUAUUGUUGAGUUUAAAAUGGAAAAAUUGUGCAUUAGGCCUGUGGAGCCACUUGUCCUAACAUUUCAUGUUUUAAAAGAAAUUCUACUGUGUAGAUUUUGUUAUCACUAUAUUUUGAAUAAAUCACAUUUUGUAUGAAUAAA